AGAAACAGCCAUGAAAUCAUCAAAUUCACAGCUUCGGAAAUGUUCCUUACCGGUGGGGGUUCUGUGCAGGAAAUUCCCCUCGAAUACCAGCCAGUCGGUGAGAUCAGAGCCCAGGAUGCCAUCCUUGUCCUCAAUAGACAGUCUGAGCAUCCACCCUGCCAGGGUGGUCAAGGAGGUCAGGGCACUGGUGAUUGACAUGGGCACGGGCUAUUUCAAAGCAGGGUAUGGUGGCCAUGCCAGGCCUUCAGUUGUCAUCUCUUCUAUGGUGGGUAGGCCCAUGCAACGAAGUGCCAAGACCGGGGACAACCGGCAGGAGAACUACGUGGGCAGUGAGCUGAGAACCCCCAUGGAGCUGCGGCUCAUUAACCCCCUCCGGCAUGGCAUCGUGGUGGACUGGAAUGGCGCAGAGGCUAUCCUGUCCUACGUCUUCGAGAAAGAGCUGAAGGUGCGGCCGGAGGACCACGCCGUGAUGGUGGCCGACCCGCCCCUCAGCCCCGUCACCAACCGCGAGAGGAUGGCCGAGCUCCUCUUUGAGACCUUCAGCAUCCCGGCCAUUCACAUCACCAGGCAGUCACUGCUGUCCAUCUAUGCCUAUGGGUGCACCAGUGGGUUGGUGGUAGAGAGCGGCCAUGGCUCAUCUUGUGUGGUCCCCAUCCACGAAGGCUACAUUAUGCCCCACAUCACUGCCAGCGUCGACUAUGCAGGAAGCGACCUCACCAAGUACUUGCUAAAACUCAUCAACCAGAGUGGGCACAUGAUUUGUGCCAGUGAGUACCACCUGUUGGAGCAAAUCAAACAGGAGUAUUGUUACACAGCCAUUGACUUUGACAGUGAGAUGCGGAGUGAGACCAAAGAGUACACGGCACACUAUGAGCUGCCUGAUGGUAAGAUUAUCACAGUCGGCAAGGAAAGGAUCAAAUGCCCCGAGGCCCUCUUCAAUCCAUCACUCAUGGGUUCCAGGGAGGCUGGCCUGCACACAGUGGCUCUGAACAUCAUCAAUAAAUGUGACUGUAGCCUGCUAGAGGAAAUGUACAAAAACAUCCUACUCUGUGGAGGCUCGACCAUGUUCUCUGGAUUCCGUGUUCGUUUCCAGAAGGAAUUAAGGAAACUGGCGCAGGAUAUGAACCCACAAGUGCAAGCAAUUCCUGAGAGGAGAUACUCAGUCUGGUAUGGAGGGUCAAUCCUAUCCUGCCUCAAAUCCUUCCAACAACUUUGGGUUAGCAAAAAGGAUUAUGAUGAGCGUGGACCAUUGGCUAUCUAUAGGAAAUGUUUCUGAAGCUGAAGUUUUAAACAUUUGUGACUUUUAAAAAAAAUGCAAUGCUGAUUUCCAUUGUUGAAUGUAACUUAAAUUAAUUGGAGAAAAACUGGUUUAAAACUAUGGAAACAUAAUAAAGCCUUAUAAUUCAUGUGAUUAUUGAAAUGGAUGAUCAUGGAGGUUGAGAUGUGAUUAAAAAUAAGGUAGAUACCAUUUUGUCACAUGGAUUCUCAUUGGAAUCUGUUGACUUCGGGUAACAGGACUGUGGGCUGUGCAUAGGGUUGCCAACUGUGAUAAAAUGUAUUCCUGGAGGUUUCAUCACAUGAUUUGCCCCUAUGCACCAGCCAUUAGUCGGCCAACACAUCCAUCCUCGUGACGUACUGCCUUCCAACGCCAAUUGGAAAGCAAAAAGACUCAUUACCCAGUUGGAUGAUGCUCUGGCAGUGUUUACAGCCUGUGACAUCGUGAGUUUGUCCUUUCCAAUUAAAUAUUUUUGUACUUCACUAGUGUCUUCUGGAAAGCUACUGAAUGCCAGUCCACAUUUUUGUUUAAACUUUUCAAAUGUCUCUAUGACA